AUGGGGGCGGUGGGCGGAGGGCUGGUGGACUGCCACUGCCACCUUUCCGCCCCGGACUUCGACCACGAUCUGGAUGAUGUGUUGGAGAAAGCCAAGAAAGCCAAUGUUAUGGCUCUUGUGGUGGUCGCUGAACAUUCAGGAGAAUUUGAAAAGAUUAUGCAGCUUUCAGAAAGGUAUAACGGGUUUGUCCUGCCAUGCUUGGGUGUUCAUCCAGUUCAAGGACUUUCACCAGAGGACCAAAGAAGUGUCACAUUAAAGGAUUUGGAUGUAGCUUUGCCCAUUAUCGAGAAUUAUAAGGAUCGAUUAUUGGCAAUUGGAGAGGUGGGACUGGAUUUCUCCCCCAGGUUUGCUCGCACUGAUGAACAAAAGGAAGAGCAAAGACAAGUCCUCAUCAGACAGAUCCAGUUAGCCAAAAGACUAAAUUUGCCUUUAAAUGUUCACUCACGUUCAGCUGGGAGACCCACCAUCAGCCUCUUAAAUGAGCAAGGUGCUGACAAAGUGCUGCUCCAUGCAUUUGACGGUCGGCCAUCUGUAGCCAUGGAAGGAGUAAAAGCUGGGUACUUCUUCUCAAUCCCUCCUUCUAUCACAAGGAGUGGACAGAAGCAGAAACUUGUGAAACAGUUGCCUUUAACCUCCAUUUGCCUGGAAACAGAUUCACCUGCACUAGGACCAGAAAAACAGGUACGGAAUGAACCCCAGAACAUUACCAUCUCAGCAGAAUAUAUUGCCCAGGUGAAAGGAAUCUCAGUGGAAGAAGUUAUGGAAGUGACAACACAGAAUGCAUUGAAAUUGUUCCCCAAGCUCCAGCACCUGCUCCGUAAAUAA